CAUUCAUGAUACCCUCCAAAUGAUCGCCAUACACCUGUAACGAUGGACGAAAUCGAUGAAGUUGCGCUCUUGAAAGCGUAUAAUCUUGAUAAUCUACAACCUACAGUUUGGACAGAGGUUGAUCAUUCUACUUCGGGUGGUGCUCAGAGAGAUUUGAUCAACGAUGAGCCUGAUCCUCUCGGUUUGCGUGGUGUCUUACCUCUCAAUCGCAUGGUAGAUAAGGAAACAAUCGCUCAGGUUCAUCCUUCCAGCAAAACUUUUGAUCCUAAAACAUUCUUAUCAACCGUUCAUCCUGAUGCAACAUUUGCAGAUCUCAAUUCCGGUAACGCAUUCCUCAAACAUUCAAUCGAACAAAGAUCAGAAGCAUUACGAAUCUUGGUGGAAAGCAACUUUGAUAAAUUCGUAGCAGUGAAAGCAACAACAGAUGGUGUUUAUCGAGAAAUGCGAGAGAGCAAAGAAGGACCUUUGCAUGAGGAGAACGAAUACGGCAUUGGCCGCUUAAAGGGCAUCUUGGGAAACGCAAGUGCAAAAGCAGAUCAAGUCUUCAUGCCCGUGUUGGAGAAUAAUUUGAAAGCCGUAAAGCUAAGAAGCACACUGAGCGUCUUUGAACGAUCUCGAUUCUUCUUCAAUUUACCCGGUAGUCUAGGUGAAGCAAUCGAGGCAGGAAAAUACGAUCAAGCAUUACGAGACUAUAAACGUGGAAAGUACUUGAUGGAAAGUAGACCAGGUCAACUGCUCACGCUCACUACAAGCAAUUCAGCAAAUCUUGCCGGAUUGAGUGACGUCAAUUCCAAUCCCGCCAAUGCUAAGCAGCAUGCUCAACAACAACGUGUGUUUGCCAAAGUGUGGGAUGCCGUGGAAGCUACAAUGCAAGAUAUGCGUGAUCGAUUAUUGAAACAAUUGCAAGAGCCUCGAAGACCUGUAGAAGAGCAAGAAAAGACAAUAGAAAUCUUGCAGGAAUUAGACAUAGGACAAGAUCCAGUCGCUGUUUUCUUGGAAUCACAGCAUAUGCAUAUCCGAAAUCUAAUGAGAAAAUCGUUCGAUACUGGAAUAGCCAAAGUAGAAGCCGCUUCUUCGAUCGAAGGCCUUGUCAAUCAUGGCGAGAAUGAGCGUGCUAAAGAUCUGCAAGCAUGCGUUCGGCAAUUAUCGCAACCUGAACAAUCAUUUGAUCGUAUGAUUGGUGUACAAGGAUGGAAGGCUAUUCUUGAUUUGGUCCGGUUGGUGUGUGAAACAAUGUCACAAACAUUACCGAGCUUUUGGCGUGUAAUAGCUGAUGGCAAACUCAAAACUCGAUCAUCUGCCAUUCAGGCACAAGCACGGGCAUGGGCGACUGAAAAUGUGGAAGCAUUCGUUGCGACAUUGGUACAAUUCUUUCAUCUUACCGAUGUCAGUAUUCUUGCCCGACAAGACCUUUCUACUUUGCCUGCUUGGGUACCCAAAUCUUGCAGUAUGACUGCCGGUUACUUUCUCAACGCUAUCCUCUCCGAAUUGAAUGAAGCUGUCAACGAUCUCAAAGCUCUCAAAAUUGGAACAACAGCAGACACAUUACAGAAUUUAUUGGUCAAUUCAAGCUUUUGCUUCGUGGAGGUUCUAUGCCAACUAUGGCAAGAAGAUGCAAAGAUCUUCCAUCGCUUAGAAGAUUGGACUCUGAAUCCUGAAGAGGAGGCUACUACGAUAUUUUUGGGCGAGGUUGCUGCAUUCCAUACGAACAAUGCCCGAACAGCUUAUCAAUUGGCAAGCACGAGCGGUAAAGAUAAUGCUGCAGCAAGUGCAAAUAGCACCACUAAGGCUGUUUCGAGCUCUACUUCGUCCUCUACAAGUAUAACAAUACCGACUGAGUUCACUUUGCGUAUUAAAGCGACGUUUGUGGAUGCAAUCUAUGUCUUCUUGGAUGGUUUGGUACACCUUGCCUUCUCUGAAUACAAUCCUUUGGAUACAACUACAUCGGUUUCGCAAAAGCUGCUUGUCGAUCCGUCUACAAAGCAAAGGAGCGUGAUCGAUGUAAAAGAAUUGGAUACUCGAAUCUUGCUUGCAGUUACUAAUCUAUCUCACUUCACACGUGUGAUCGUGCCUGGGAUGGCAAAGCAAUUCCAUGAAGCCUUUCGAGCCAGGAUGGGAGAGGAUCUACGCACGAUUGAUGAGGUUGCCGUGGAAUUGGACAAGAUAUUAUUCAGCAAUUUCAUCGAAAGGAAGAGCAAGAUCGUCAAUGACAUUUUCCAGAAAGGCAUUUUGGAAAGUGGAAUCGAAUGGAACAAGUUACCAAAACCUGCUGAAGUGCAUGCAUACAUCUAUGAAGCUUUAUUGGCACUCGUUCAAAUUCAUGCUCAAGUAAGAGCUGUUGCCAAACCGCUUGUUGCAAGAACGAUUCGAACUCUAUUAGAGCAAUUGGCAUCCAUUGUCUUGGAAUCAUUUGGCAAUAUUGAUCGAUUUGGAAUGGGAGGAAUGUUACAGGCCACUCUAGAGAUCGAAUUCGUUCAUCAAACGUUAGCCGUUUACGUUACACCCAACUCGGAAAAGAUUUUGAAGCAAAUUUAUGAAACUAUCAGUCAAAAAUACGUUCGUCAAUCUGGCGCGAAAGGGGAAGAGGAAAAUGCUUCUUUGCAAACUGAGCUGGAGAGUGUGAAGCGAAUCUUGGUGGCCAGUAGAAAAGCAACAGCUUUGGAAUUCUUGUGUUUCAGAAAACCAAGAGAAACGGCAACUCCAUCAACCGCUCCAGCCGGUCAAAGUCAAGGUGGUGUUGAACGUGAGAAGACAUUAAACGUCAAUCCUGGCCGGAAAAGAUGAGAACUUAUGACGAAUGAACUGACACGGAAAAUGUUUCACACAUAUGUAUUAUACACAAAUGACAUACAAUUAUCAUCAUCCU